AUGUUGUGUGGCAGAGAAACUUUAUUGCAAACUAGAAAGCAUUCACAUUCCUUAUUUGUAGUAUGUGGCUUGGCUUUAAAAAUAGCUGUUCAGUUUCAUAGAAGAAAUCUUGAUAUACGAGACUCUUUUUAUUUAAUAAGCUAUUGA